CUUCCCCUUUCUUUCUUGCUCGCCAAACACAAAACACAGAACACGAAACACAAAUCUGAGCUGAACCCAUUUCAGAUUCAGGCAAUUUAACAUGUUUAAACUUGUUGUACUUUGUUUUCUUGUUUUUUCCUUAUCGGUUGCCGGCAAUGUACAAGCAGACAAUGCGCCUGCGCCAUCUCCCACCAUCGCCACUACAAAGCCACCGCCCUCUCCGGCCAAAUCCCCUGCUACUCCUCCGUCGGGAAGUCCGAUUGUUUCUCCUUCACAGUCCCCGGUUUCGCUUUCAUCUCCUCCGCCUAAAGUUUCUCCGGUUGCAGCUCCAGUGAAGUCACCAGCGGUUUCCCCGGUGUCGCAGCCGCCAGCUACUCUUCCACCGACGGUCAGUCCCCCUGCACAAUCCCCCGGGAGUCCUCCUUCCCCGCAGGCGGCAACUCCCGUUGCUGCGCCAACAUCGCCUCCAGUCGCGGCUCCGCCAACAGUGGAGGGUCCGGUUCGUGCACCGGCUCCUGAGACAGUUCCAGUAAACAUUCCAUCGAGUUCAGCAACUCCGUCAGAGGCUCCAUCCGUGUUCCACUCUAGCAGUAGCCCACCGGUUCCAGGUCCGGGGAGCUCUGCACAGAAUUCGGCAGAUAGUCCGAUUAGUGAUGAAUCGGGUGCCGGGUCAAUGUAUGAGGUUCGGGUCAUUUUAAGUGGGCUGGCAAUUGGAGCUGCCUUGGCAUUUUAAAAUUUUCUUUUAUUUGUUUUGUAGGCAUGAUUUUUUUGUUAGGGUUUAAAUCAUAUUAUGUAAUUGUAAUUGGUUGUAGUUCAGCUCGACAUUGGUGUAAUUGCUAUUCGCCCUCUACUAAAAACUAAUUUAUUUUUUAA